AUGGAUGAAUUUACAGACAUCCAAGACACACCAUCUGUGGUUGAACUUGUGGAAUCUGUAGACAACCUUAAUCUUUGUCCUUAUGAAGAAUACCAGAAACUUUGUAAAAAAUGGGCUGGAAAGAUAUACCCAAUAAAGGAGAAAGGAUGCCACACCCGCCUGGCUCUCAUCAUCUCACAUCUCAACAACACAGUGUUCCAUCAUCUCUCUCCUUGGCUGGGAGCCAAACGUGACAUUGCGGAGAUGAAGAAGCUUCUGGAGAGUCUCGGCUACACGGUGCAUGUGAAAAUGCAGCUCACAGCCAAAGAGAUGGAUUCAGCACUGAUGGCGUUCGCUGACCUCCUCAAACACAUCACUUCAGACAGCAUGUUCCUGGUGCUCAUGUCCCAUGGUCUCCUGGAGGGAAUCUGCGGCACCAUGCACAGCGAUGCCCAGCCUGACGUGCUGCCUUAUGACACCGUCUUUAGCAUCUUCAACAAUCGUAACUGCUCCCGCCUCAUGGACAAGCCCAAGGUCCUCGUCAUCCAGGCCUGCUGUGGGAAGAGCAGUGGGGUAGCAAGAGUGUCUGACUAUGCAGCCGGGUCAGACAGUCCAAGGCCACUGCCAGAAAAUUUGCAGGAAGAUUUCAUUUCCAGAACCCACAUUGAAAAGGACUUCAUCGCCUUCUACUCCUCAACUCCACAUAAUAUGUCCUGGAAAGACACUGAGAUGGGCUCUCCUUUCAUCACACAAAUUGUCACCUACUUUCAAAAAAACGCCUGUCGCCUUCACCUUGAGGAAAUAUUUUGUAAGGCAAGCAAAAGCUUUACAUGA